CCCAGUAGGGUGUUGCCUUAAGAUGCCACGAUGCUGGGUUCUGAAGAGGGGCUAUGCCUAGGCAGAGAGCUUGGGGCAGGUGCUGGAGGUAGACAUGCGCACGGUCAGCAGCCAUUCGUCUUCGGGGUCUCAUCAAGAGUUAUGGUGUGUUCCCAGCACUGAGGCUGAAAAGGAAGAAGAGCUGGAGCAUGGAGUCCCAGGCCUCUGAGAAUGGAAGCCAGACCUCCUCCGGGGUGACAGAUGACUACAGCAGCUGGUACAUCGAGGAACCUCUAGGAGCUGAGGAGGUGCAGCCAGAGGGGGCGAAUCCCCCUUGCCAGGCCACUGUACCGCCUGCCCUGCACCAUGUCUGCUUGGCCUCACUGUCGCUCCUGGCUCUGCUGCUGCUGGCCUUACUGGUGAGACGUCGCAGGCUUUGGCCACACUGUGCUCAUCGCAGACCUGGACUGCCCAGCCCUGUGGAUUUCUUGGCUGGGAACCGAUCCUGGACAGUUCCCACUGCUGUCUUUGUGGCCCUCUUCAGCAAUCUGUGCCUGUUGCUCCCUGAUGAGAACCCACUGCCUUUCCUGAACCUCACCGCAGCAUCCAGUCCAGAUGGAGAGCCGGAGACAUCAAGAGGGCCCUGGAAGCUCCUGGCUCUGCUCUACUACCCAGCCCUCUACUACCCUCUGGCUGCCUGUGCUACGGCAGGGCACCGAGCUGCAUACUUACUGGGUACUGUGCUAUCUUGGGCUCACGUCGGUGUUCAGGUCUGGCAGAGAGCAGAGUGUCCUCAGGACCCCAAGAUCUACAAGCACUACUCCUUGCUGGCCUCCCUGCCUCUGCUUCUGAGCCUUGGAUUCCUGAGCCUUUGGUAUCCAGUACAAGUGGUGCAGAGUAUCCGUCAUUGGACGGGAGCAGGCUCCCAGGGGCUGCAGACCAGCUACUCGGAGAAGUAUCUGAGAGCCCUCCUCUGUCCAAAGAAGCUGGACAGCUGCUCCCAUCCCGCCUCUAAGCGUAGCCUCCUGUCUCGGGCCUGGGCCUUUUCCCAGCAUUCCAUCUACACUCCAGAGCCAGGAUUCCGCCUGCCCUUGAAGCUGGUGAUCUCGGCCACCCUGACAGGAACAGCCACUUACCAGGUGGCCCUGCUGUUGCUGGUGAGCGUGGUGCCUACUGUGCAGAAGGUGAGGGCGGGGAUCACCACAGAUGUCUCCUACUUGCUGGCCGGCUUUGGGAUCGUGCUCUCUGAAGACAGGCAGGAGGUGGUAGAGCUGGUGAAGCAUCACCUAUGGGCCGUGGAAGCAUGUUAUAUCUCAGCUCUGGUCUUGUCCUGCUCAUUAACCUUCCUGCUCCUGAUCCGCUCCCUGAGGACUCACAGGGCCAAUCUUAAAGCACUGCACCGAGGGGCUGCCCUGGAUCUGGGUCCCCCUCUUCAGAGUACUCACCCCUCUCGCCAAGCCAUAGUCUGCUGGAUGAGCUUCAGUGCCUACCAGACGGCCUUCAGCUGCCUUGGGCUCCUGGUGCAGCAGGUCAUCUUCUUCCUGGGGACCACAAUCCUGGCCUUCCUAGUGUUUGUGCCUUUACUCCAUGGUAGGAACCUCUUGCUCCUCCGGUCCCUGGAAUCCACAUGGCCCUUCUGGCUGACUUUGGUCUUGGCUGUAAUCCUGCAGAACAUAGCAGCCAAUUGGGUCUUCCUAGAGUCUCACCACGGAUACCCGGAGCUGACCAACCGGCGCAUGCUCUGCAUAGCCACUUUUCUUCUCUUCCCCAUCAACAUGCUGGUGGGAGCCAUAAUGGCUAUUUGGCGGGUGCUCCUCUCUUCUCUCUACAACACUGUUCACCUCGGCCAGAUGGACCUCAGCCUGCUGCCGCAGAGAGCUGCCUCCCUGGAUCCAGGCUAUCACACAUACCGAAACUUCCUGAGGAUUGAGGCCAGCCAGUCACACCCAGGAGUCAUAGCCUUCUGUGCCCUGCUCCUUCAUGCGCCAAGUCCACAGCCCCGGCCCCCACUGGCCCCCCAGGACAGCCUCAGACCAGCAGAAGAAGAAGAAGGUAUGCAAUUGCUACAGACCAAGGACCUGAUGGCCAAGGGAGCAGGACCCAAAGGCAGCCGGAGCAGGGCCCGGUGGGGUCUGGACACAUUGCUCCACAACCCAAGUCUGCAGGCCUUUCGGAAGGCAGCCCUUACUAGUGCCAAGGCCAAUGGCACCCAGCCCUGAGGGUGAAGAAAACCACACCACCCUGCUUUUAUGUGCUAAGGCACAUUCUUGUCUACAUCCUCCCUCUCAUUCAUGUCAGCAAGCCCCU